AUGCCGCGCUUCCCGGUGAAGAAGGUGCGCAAGCAAGCGAAGCUGCUGCUGCUGCUGCUGCUGCUCACCGGCGCCGCGUGGCUCACCUUCGUGCACCUGAGCCUGGCGCGCCCGGGCCGCGCGCUGCGCCGGCGGCCGGGCCCCGCGCGAGAUGGUGAAAAGCUGGGGGCAGUGACUGAUGGCCAUGGCGUCCAGGCUGUGCUGUCCACACAGCGGGCGGAGGACUCCAGCGAGAGCCGUGAGGAGCAGGGGCCUGAAGGUGGAGACCCUAACAUGCUGUUUCCAGGGGUGCCGAGGAGGCUGCCCCUGCUGAACCUCACCAACAAGACACCCCCCUGGAGGGAGGAGUACAAGGGGCAGGCGAACCUGCACGUGUUUGAGGACUGGUGCGGGGGCGCCGUGGGCCACCUGAGAAGGAACCUGCACUUCCCACUGUUCCCUCACACCCGCACCACCGUGAAGAAGCUGGCUGUGUCCCCCAAGUGGAAGAACUAUGGACUCCGGAUUUUUGGCUUCAUCCACCCGGCGAGAGAUGGGGAUGUCCAGUUCUCUGUGGCAUCGGACGACAACUCUGAGUUCUGGCUGAGCCUGGACGAGAGCCCAGCGGCCGCUCAGCUGAUGGCAUUUGUGGGCAAGACCGGCUCUGAGUGGACAGCACCAGGAGAAUUCACCAAGUUCAGCUCGCAGGUGUCCAAGCCCCGGCGACUCAUGGCCUCCCGGAAGUACUACUUUGAGUUGUUGCACAAGCAGGAUGACCGGGGCUCGGACCACGUGGAAGUGGGCUGGCGAGCCUUCCUGCCCGGCCUGAAGUUCGAGGUCAUUGGCUCUGCCCACAUCUCCCUGUACACAGACGAGUCCACCCUGAAGAUGGACUACGUGGCCCACGUGCCCCAGUCUCCAGCCAGCCAUGCAGGGGGCCGGGGGCCACAGGACGAACCCAGCGCGGACAUGCUGCGGCCGGAUCCCAGGGACACCUUCUUCCUCACCCCUCGAGUGGAGUCCUCCAGCGUGGAGGACGUGCUGGAGCCCUGUGCCUACGCCCCUACCUACUUGGUCAAGGACUUCCCCAUCGCCAGAUACCAGGGCCUACAGUUCGUGUACCUGUCCUUUGUGUACCCCAAUGACUACACCCGCCUCACACACAUGGAGACAGACAACAAGUGCUUCUACCGCGAGUCGCCGCUCUACCUGGAGAGGUUUGGGUUCUAUAAAUACAUGAAGAUGGACAAGGAAGAGGGAGAAGAAGAUGAAGAGGAGGAGGUGCAGCGCCGAGCCUUCCUCUUCCUCAACCCCGAGGACUUCCUGGAGGAGGACGAGGAGGAGGGGGACCUGCUGGACGCUCCGGAGCCCACCGAGGAGAUGCAGCCACAGGGUGACCACAGGUCCCCUGCCCCCGCGGUGCCCACAGAGACCCGCACCACCCCUGCCGCACCAACGCCGCGCAGCGCCCUGGCUGAGCGGGCGCGUCCACACUCGCGGGCCCUGAGCUGGGCUGCAGGGGCCGCACGCCCCCUGCCCCUCUUCCUGGGCCGAGCCCCACCGCCCCGCACCGCUGAGCGGCCGCCGUCCAAGGUGUACGUGACGAGGGUGCGGCUGGGCGGGCGCGCUGCACCCCGGGAACCCGCACCACGCGGCCCUCCCUGGCCGCCCUUCCCUGGUGUCUUCCUGCGCCCAAGGCCCCUGCCCAGAGUACAGCUGCGGCCACCUCUGCGCGCACCGCGGCCUCGCGGCCACAGGACCACCAGCCCUCAGGCCACAGUGCCCCGGCCCCCAACCCGCACCCAGGCGACCCCAGGACUGCCCGCGCCUACGGAGGCCUCGAAUUCCUCCUCGGAUGCGCGGCCCGUGACCUCCUUCCUGAGCUUGUCCCAGGUGUCCAGGUCGCAGCUGCCGGGCGAGGGCGAGGAGGAGGAGGAGGAGGAGGAGGAGGGCGAGGAUGGCGGCACGGAGUCCCAGGACAGUGUCGCGGGCCGCUGGCGCGAGGCCGCCAUCAACUGGCGCCGCACUUUCAGUGUGGGCGCCGUGGACUUCGAGCUCCUGCGCUCCGACUGGAACGAUCUGCGGUGCAACGUGUCCGGGAACCUGCAGCUGCCCGAGGCCGAGGCUGUGGACGUGGUGGCUCAGUACAUGGAGCGACUCAACGGGCGCCAUGGCGGGCGCUUCGCGCUUCUACGCAUUGUGAACGUGGAGAAGCGCAGGGACUCGGCGCGCGGGAGCCGCUUCCUGCUGGAGCUGGAGUUGCAGGAGCGCGGGGGCGGCCGCCUGCGCCUGUCGGAGUACGUCUUCCUGCGCCUGCCCGGAGCCCGCGGCGCCGACGCCGACGGGGAGAGCCCAGAGCCCCCGGCUGCCGCCUCCGCGCACCCCGAUGGCCGGCCCGAGCUCUGCAGGCCCCUGCGCCUGGCCUGGCGCCAGGAUGUGACAGUGCACUUCAUCGUGCCAGUGAAGAACCAGGCUCGCUGGGUGACGCAGUUCCUGGCAGACAUGGCCGCUCUGCAGGCGCGCACAGGAGAUUCGCGCUUCAGCGUCGUCCUGGUGGACUUCGAGAGCGAGGACAUGGACGUGGAGCGGGCGCUGCGAGCUGCGCGGCUGCCAGGGUACCAGUACCUGAGACGAACAGGGAACUUCGAGCGCUCUGCAGGGCUGCAAGCUGGAGUGGACGCAGUGGAGGACCCAGGCAGCAUCGUCUUCCUCUGCGACCUGCACAUCCACUUCCCGCCCAGCAUCCUGGACAGCAUCCGCAAGCACUGUGUGGAGGGCAAGCUGGCCUUUGCCCCCGUGGUCAUGCGCCUGGGCUGCGGGAGCUCACCCAGAAACCCCCACGGUUACUGGGAAGUGAACGGCUUCGGGCUCUUCGGGAUCUAUAAGUCAGACUUCGACCGAGUGGGGGGCAUGAACACCGAGGAGUUCCGCGACCAGUGGGGGGGCGAAGACUGGGAGCUCCUGGACAGGGUCCUGCAGGCGGGGCUGGAGGUGGAGCGGCUGCGGCUGCGGCACUUCUACCAUCACUACCACUCCAAGCGUGGCAUGUGGGGCUCCCGCAGUCGGAAGGGCUCCCGCACCGGGGGGUCCUGAAGAUGGCCGCCCUCCAGCGCCCAUCCCACGACUGCCACUGGAGCCCACCCAUGCCUGUCCCCUGUGCCCGUCCGAGAGGCAGCCCACAGCCGGCCAGGCCAGCCUGGCCCCCACACUGCGAUGAUUUCUGUGAAAUUUUGCUGUAGCGAUGACGUUGUUUUCAGGAUUUCCAAGAGU